AUGUGUGGCGUGUUUGUAAAGACUGGUCUUUCACGUGACCUGCUGAUAUGUGGGGUGCUGCUACACCUGCAACAGGCUUCAUUCCAGCGCUCCAACAGUCAUGAUAAAGUACGGAGGAUAGUUGCAGAAGAGGGUCGCACGGCAAGAAACCUCAUAGCGUGGAGUGUUCCACUAGAAAGUAAAGAUGACGAUGGAAAACCUAAAUGUCAAACAGGUGGAAAAUCUAAGAGGACAAUUCAAGGUGCUCAUAAAACUUCGAAACAGAAUGCUGCAGUAGACUGUAAAAUAACAUCCACAGCUGGAGAUAAACACUUUGAUAAAAGCCCUACUAAAGCAAGGCAUCCUCGGAAAAUUGAUCUCAGAGCUCGCUACUGGGCAUUCCUUUUUGACAAUCUUCGCCGGGCGGUGGAUGAAAUCUAUGUAACAUGUGAAUCAGAUCAGAGUGUGGUGGAAUGCAAGGAGGUGUUGAUGAUGCUGGAUUACUAUGUGAGAGAUUUCAAGGCACUGAUCGACUGGAUCCAGUUGCAGGAGAAACUAGAGAAGACAGAUGCUCAAAGCAGACCUACAUCACUGGCAUGGGAAGUGAAGAAGAUGUCUCCAGGACGUCAUGUGAUUCCAAGCCCAUCAACAGAUAGAAUAAAUGUAACAACAAAUGCUCGAAGAAGCUUAAAUUUUGGGGGCUCAUCUGGCACAGUGGCUGCUCCACGUUUGGCUCCCACGGGUGUCAGUUGGGCUGACAAGGUAAAGGCUCAUCACACAGGCUCAGCCCCUUCCUCAGAUGUAGCACCUGCUCAACCCUGCCCACCAAUGACAGUAUACAAGGCUCCCCGUAAAAAUGGCAAGUGGCUUUGAAUUAACCUUUCUAUA